UGCCGAUCAAAAUAACGUGCGAACUUCGAAUUACGAGGAAGUUAUCUACGACAAGGCGGCUCUUAAAUCGUGUGUUAAACAGUUGAUGGUAAAUCCGUUGUAACUUGUGCAGUUCUCAAUGUGCAUAAAUAGAACGUGUCUAAAACGCGGUGAAGCUAUAAGACGAUCUUUCGACCUACACAACGUUUGUUGCCGAAAUCGAAAGUGUUUAACAAAUUAAUAACUCCGCUAUUAAUGAAAACAUAACGCGUCGAAGUUAUUCAUUUUUUUUUUCAUCUUUCCUGUGUUAUUUUAAUAUUAUAUAUCUCGUAUAUAAUCGAUUCAUUAUCUGGGAUGUGUUGAAUUCUUUUGUUGCAAAUUCAACAGCUAUAUUCUUAAAAUCUAUCUUCAAAUUUGAACAUUGACUGUAAACAUAGUGCUAAAAUUCUUCAAAAGUGAAUAUAAUGACCUUGCAAUUUAGAGAGUUGACAUAUUUAAAUGGAAAUACUAAAAUCCAAGUAUAAAUAGUGUCAUUAAGAAUGGAUCACAUACAGGAAGUGCGGCAGCUGGAAUUGCUUUGCAAGCAAUUGUAUGAGUCACAGGAUUCUGCACAUCGUGCUGAAGCAGAAAAAGCCCUUGUAGCUUUUCAAAAUGCACCGGAUACGCUUACUAAGUGCCAGCUACUUCUGGAUCGUGGAGAUUCAGCUUAUGCUCAGUUAUUGGCUGCUACCACCUUAACAAAAUUGAUUUCUCGCUCAGCGCAAGGACUUAGUUUACAGCAGAGGCUGGAUAUACGGAAUUAUGUUCUUAACUACUUAGCGACUCAACCAAAGCUUCCAAAUUUUGUGAUACAAGCUUUGGUUGCACUGUUCGCUAGGAUAUCAAAACUUGGUUGGUUUGAUGUGGAAAAAGAAGAAUAUGUUUUCAGAAAUGUUGUUGGUGAUAUAACAAAAUUUCUACAGGGAUCAGUAGAGCAUUGCAUGAUAGGUGUACAAUUGCUCUCUCAAUUAACGUGUGAAAUGAAUCAGAUAUCAGAUGUUGAUGCAAACAGGUCACUUGCAAAACAUAGAAGAAUUGCUAGUAGUUUCAGGGAUUCGCAACUUUUUGAAAUAUUUAGGCUUUCUUGUACUUUAUUAAGUACAGCACGAGAAAAUUGUAAAAGCUUAAAUUUCAAUAAUGAAGCACAGCAUGGUCUGAUGAGACAACUCCUAAAGCUUGCACAAAAUUGUUUAACAUUUGAUUUUAUUGGAACAUCUACGGAUGAAAGUACUGAUGAUUUAAGUACAGUUCAGAUACCAACAAGUUGGAGACCUGCAUUUUUGGAUUUCACAUCGUUAAAGCUUUUCUUUGAUUUGUACCAUAAUUUGCCAAGCUCAUUAUCAUCUUUAGCUCUGUCCUGCCUAGUUCAGAUAGCAUCUGUUAGAAGAAGUUUAUUUUCUAAUACAGAAAGAGCUAAGUUCUUAAGUCAUUUAGUUGAUGGAGUAAAACAUAUAUUACAAAACCCACAGGGUCUUAGUGACCCUGGAAAUUAUCAUGAAUUUUGUAGAUUACUAUCUCGGUUGAAAAGUAAUUUCCAACUUGGAGAAUUAGUCUUAGUAGAAGACUAUCCAGAAGCAAUACAAUUAAUCGCUAAGUUUACAGUUCAAAGCUUGCGAAUGUGGCAGUUUGCACCAAAUAGUUUACAUUAUCUUUUAACUCUUUGGCAAAGAAUGGUAUCAUCUAUGCCAUAUGUAAAAGCAGGGGAUCCGCAUUUAUUAAAUACAUAUACUCCUGAAAUUGCGAAUGUAUAUAUUACAUCAAGACUUGAAUCUGUAGCAGUGGUAGUUAGAGAACGUUUGGAAGACCCGCUUGAUGAUUUGGGCGUACUUCAUCAACAGUUAGAACAAAUUUCAGUGAUAGGACGAUGCGAAUAUCAAAAAACUUGUGCUUUGUUAGUUCAAUUAUUUGAUCAGGCAGCAACAACGUAUCAAGAAUUAAUGUCACAAACAGCAUCAUCAACCCAACAAAUUGAUAUAAGUAUCCAAGAAGGACAAUUAACGUGGCUUGUUUAUAUUAUAGGUGGUGUUAUUGGUGGAAGAGUUACAUUUAACAGCAAUGAGGAAUAUGACGCGAUGGAUGGUGAACUUGUUUGUAGAGUUCUUCAAUUAAUGAAUCUUACAGAUUCUAGACUUGGACAAGGUGGUUGCGAAAAGUUGGAGCUAGCAAUGUUAAGUUUUUUUGAACAGUUUCGUAAAAUAUACGUAGGUGAUCAGGUACAGAAAAAUUCCAAAGUAUACAGAAGACUGUCGGAUGUUUUAGGCCUCAAUGAUGAAGCCAUGGUACUCAGUAUAUUCAUUCGUAAAAUAAUAACAAAUUUGAAAUAUUGGGGAAGAAGCGAACAAAUUAUUUCGAAAACUUUACAACUUUUAAAUGAUCUUUCUGUUGGAUAUAGUUGUGUUCGUAAACUUGUUAAGUUAGAAGAAGUUCAAUUUAUGUUAAAUAAUCAUACAAGAGAACAUUUUCCAUUUUUGGGGAAUAAUGUUGCUGUAACAGAAAUGCGCUGCAGAUCGAUGUUUUAUACAUCUUUGGGUAGAUUGUUAAUGGUGGAUUUAGGUGAAGAUGAAGAAAGGUUUCAUACCUUUAUGCUUCCACUCACAGCUGCAUUGGAAAGUCUUGGUCAGCUAAUGGGAGCUGCUGAUACUCCACUGUUUGCAGCAGAAGAAGCAAAAAAAGCAUUGAUUGGUGUAGCAAGAGAUCUCAGGGGUAUAGCAUAUGCAUUCACAACUAAAACGUCUUAUAUGAUGCUUUUUGAUUGGAUAUAUCCCAAUUAUACACCCAUCUUAUUACAUGCUGUGGAAUUGUGGCAUCACGAGCCACAAGUAACUACACCCGUCCUGAAAUUAUUUGCUGAAUUAGUAUUAAAUAGAAGUCAACGAUUACAAUUUGAUGCAUCUUCCCCAAAUGGAAUUUUAUUAUUUCGUGAAGCUAGUAAAGUGAUAUGUAGCUAUGGAAAUCAUAUAUUGAAUAUUGAUGUUCCCAAAGAUCAGAUUUAUCCUUUGAAAUUAAAAGGGAUUAGCAUAUGUUUCAGUAUGUUAAAAGCAGCCCUUUGUGGUAGUUAUGUAAAUUUUGGUGUCUUUAGGCUCUAUGGAGAUGAAGCAUUGGAUAAUGCACUUAAUACAUUUGUGAAAUUACUUCUCAGUAUACCACAAAGUGAUCUUUUGGAUUAUCCAAAACUGUCAGCUACAUAUUACGUGUUACUUGAAUAUUUGGCACAGGAUCAUAUGGUUUUCCUUUCAACGUUAGAACCAAGAGUUUUUUUAUAUAUCCUUUCAAGUAUCAGUGAAGGCCUUACAGCACUAGGUGCGCAAAAAGACUCCUACACAGAUACUAUGGUAUGUACUGGUUGUUGUGCAACUCUUGAUCACAUAGUGACGUAUUUAUUCAAACAACUGUAUCAAAAAGCGGCUGGUUAUCCAGGAAGAAAAAAUGCUGUAGUUCCUAGUGGAGGAGAGCUAUUUUUAGAAGUUCUGAAACAACAUCCUGAAAUACUACAACAAAUAUUAAGUACUGUGUUAAAUGUGAUAAUGUUUGAAGAUUGUAGAAAUCAAUGGAGCAUGUCUCGUCCUUUAUUAGGCCUGAUACUUUUAAAUGAAGAAUAUUUCAAUCAGUUACGAGAGAAUAUUAUUAGAAGCCAACCAGUUGAUAAACAAGGUGCGAUGGCACAAUGGUUUGAAAAUUUAAUGGAUGGUAUUGAAAGAAAUUUACUUACAAAAAAUAGAGAUAGGUUUACACAAAAUUUAUCAAUGUUUAGAAGAGAUAUAAAUGAUGCUCUAAAAGGACCUAAUAUAUCUACAAAUUCUGUCAGUGACAUGAUGACUUCGUAGUGAUAUUGCUCUCUUCUAAUUAGAUUUAUCUUUAUUAGGCUCUUGCCUGCCAAAUGCUUGAAUGUGUGUGCGAGUGAAACUAUAAAUUAUGAUACAACUACAAUUAUGAUUUUAGACGAGUAUAAAGAUAAUAAAUUAAGUAAUAUCAUUUUAUUGCUGUAUUGCUGUUUGGCUUCCUAUUCUUAAUAAUUACUUUUCUAGUAACUUACACAAACAAGCACCAAAUAUUGUAACAAUAAUUACAAAAAUUUUAUAUUAUUCAUAAAAUUUUUAUUUAUAGUUAUUUAAACCUAGCUUGUCCUAUUCUUCAAUCCAAUAAAAGUUAAUAUAUACUUUGUUUUAUUACCUUUAUACUCUACUAUUAUUAUAAAAAACGUAACAUUGAAAAUCUUAUUCCUGUUGUAAAUUUUAAAAAAAAAGCAUUAUUAAGCAUGUUCUUUCAUAACAUUUUCUUCUUAUUUUUUACUCACAGAAUACGUCAAUAAGAUUUGGCUGAAACAACCAUGGCAAAUUGUGUUUGUGUUUAUGGGUGUAUACUAAAUAUUGGAAUUUUAACUAAAAUUUUACGAGUAUCUUUUAAUUCAAUACUUAUCUCUUUCUAUUAUCUAAUCCAAUAUAAAUACAGGGCGUCUGUAACUGAUGGUAUAAGUGAGCUGGUGGUGAUUUUACAUUAAAAACUAAGUCGAAAAUUUAGAGUAAAAUUUGUUCAUAUAAAGGUUUGUUUUUAAGAAACAAAGUUUGAAAAUGUUUCGAGUACACCCCCAGUUACAGGAUACUUUGUAUAUGCAUAUUUUUUAUUCAUUAAAAAAACUAAUAUUAUUUUUCGUACAUAAAAGAUUAUUGAUUGAUUCUUAUAAUAGAUCCGUUCAUGAAUCUCGGAUCACAUACUAUACUUAAAUUUUUAAUUAUCUGUUCUAGUUAAUGUAAGACGUUGAAAAAAAUAUUUAUA